UAAUACUGACCCUCCUCCCAGAGCCAGUUCACCUCUUGUCCGAUGCAGUCAGGAGAGGAAGAUCAUCUCGACUCCGGUCCUGGUAAACUGAACAUUUCCAGAAUUAGAUCGAUUCCCUGAAGUGUCUCCAGUUAGUCAUUCAUCUGACAGGAUUGACUCUACAACCCUGGGGACACGUUCUCCUAUGAGGAACUGAAGAUGGGAGAGGUCGGUCUGAUAUUGAUCUUCAUCAGCUUGCUGCAAGGAGUGACGUCAGAGGGAUGGUCUAUGAAGGCGCUGCCUCGGAGGGCCAUCAGCAGCUCUUGUGUGGUUAUUCUGUGUAGCUUUGACUUUCCUUCCCACUCUUACACAGCACUGCACGGAGCUUGGUUUAAAUAUUGGUAUAGAUGGAAAUAUACCAUCGCAUACACCAAAGAUCCCAAUUAUGCGAUGGCCACAUUCGUGGGACGUGCUAAAAUAAUCGGCGAUUUGGAAAGGAAGAAUUGUUCGUUGAGGAUUGACAGUCUCAGAGCUGAAGACAGUGAUGUGUAUUACUUUUACGUGGAUGCGGAGGGCUACAUAGAUCACACUUUUACAGAACCAGUCCAACUCCAGAUUCUUGAUGCUCCAGAUAAGCCAGUUAUCGUGCUCCUGAAGGAUUUACAGGAGGGGACUCCUGCACAUAUCAUCUGUAAAUGCCUCUACACCUGCCCUGAUAACCACCCCAAUCUAACCUGGAGUGAAUUGCUGACUUCCUCGGUCAGCACCAUCACAGAGAAUGGUGGUGAUGUUUCCGCUCUACUGACCUUUAACCCUUCGUUCAAGCAUCAUGGACGAACUCUCCGCUGUACGUGUGACUACCCUCAAACCAGCCAUCGAGUGGUCAACUCAGUUACUCUGAGCGUAAAGUAUUCUCCUCACAACACGUCUGUCAGCAUGACACUGGAAAAAGGAAAGGUGAUUUCUCUAAGUUGUUCCAGCGACGGGAAUCCAGCAGUCCACAAUUUCACCUGGUUUAAGACCUGCCAAGGAAAGGUGACGAAUCUGGCGCUCGCUGGUCAAACUAUUACGGUUCCUUAUGGAUUUGAAGAGGAAAUCUCCUACUACUGUGAAGCAACAAGUAUCCUGGGCAGUUCCCAGUCUCUGCCCAUUAGAAUUCCCACUGAAUACACACCACAGAAUCUCUCAAUUACUUCUCUUGAUAUGAUUAACGCUUCAUGGAUCAAUAUAAUUGAGGGGAAUUCUGCAGUGAUCGUCUGCUAUGUCGAGAGCUUCCCAGCUUCUAAUCUGACGUGGCGACAUCUUAAUGUCCCAAUGAACAGAACAAGUUCCAACAAUGAGCUGUGGUUGGUGAUUCCUCACGUUACAUCCAGGGACACUGGAGACUAUCAGUGUGUGGCAGAGAAUGAACAUGGAGCAGUGGAGGGAUUCAUAACCAUUGCUGUGGAACAUGCCCCACAGAAUCUCUCAAUUACUUCUCUUGAUAUGAUUAACGCUUCAUCGAUCAAUAUAAUUGAGGGGAAUUCUGCAGUGAUAAUCUGCUCUGUCGAGAGCUUCCCAGCUUCUAACCUGACGUGGCAACAUCUUAAUGUCCCAAUGAACAAAACCAGUUCCAACAAUGAGUUGUGGUUGGUGAUUCCUCACAUUACUUCCAGGGACACUGGAGACUAUCAGUGUGUGGCAGAGAAUGAACAUGGAGCAGUGGAGGGAUUUAUAACCAUCACUGUGGAACGGCGAGAUUCCAAUGAAUGGAAAGCAGGAUUGCUUGGAGCUGGAAUCUGUUUGAGUGUUGGACUGAGUGGAUUCUUCAUCUUCAUGUGUGUGAGAAAAGGGAGCAGCACAGGAAGAGGUCAUUCAGCCCAAGCAGAGCGUAUGGGCAGUUCCCCCCCAGGCGAGCAGUCGGACAGGUACUGGAAGAGAGGCGAGGGGAAAGCAGGAAUCAAAUCGAACCAUUGUGUUGAUGAAUAUCGAGGUCCUGUUUAUGAAAACUGUGAGCGUGGUUGGGCUUUGAGGAAUCAGAAGAAAGAUGAGAAGGAUCUGGAAAUGAAAUCUAUCCGCGGACUCAAUCCUGAUACAGAUGAUGAUCUUUACGCAAACUGUGAUUUUGCCGAGUAUUCUGUUUAUGGGAAUUUAUAAACUGAGCAAGAAUGAGACACACACAGUGUGGGGAGAAUACAGAAUGGGAGAAUCAUUCAAAACUCCAAGUUACCUUCCUAAUAUCCACAGGAACUCACUCCCAGGAAAUAGACUUAAACCUCUUGUUACAAUCUGAUGGAAUUUCUUCGGAAUGAUCUAUCCAGGAUGGUUGUCUGUGGGUUUCAAUUUGAACAUCCUCCUUCAGAAUUGUCCCUCACUGUUGGAAACAUCCUUCUCUCCAUUCUGAUUGUAAAUGUCUUUAGAUAUUGUUCGAUGAUGUACCAGGACAGGACGGACAAAUUAAAUCCCGUGUCUGUGAUUAUGAGUUAAUUUUCAUUCUGUUAUUCACCUUCCUGUCUGUCAGUGUUUACAGAAUAUUCAUCAGCCAGUGUAGACUUCAGGAAAUGCAGGAUCGGUGGAUAAUUGCAGCAGAGGAGAUUGGUAAAAUUUACUCACCAUUUUGUAGUCAAAUGUAUUUUCAGAUAUAUAUUUGGAUUUUACACUUCAUCGUUAAACAGCGAAACGAACAACAAUCUGGGAAACAGGGAAACAAUUUGAUUGGAGAUUUGAGAAAUUCCCUGCAGCUUAGAGGAUAACAGAUGUGCUACAGUGCCACCACUGGUGGGAGGACAUCAUUUCAGCGUGACAUGUUGACAUUGAUGUUGCCAAUAAACAUAGGAAAUUAUGAUGUGAAAA